AUGCCACCUCCGCGCCGCAGACGUCAGGUUGAGUACGACGACGAUGAGACGGAACCGGCCGAGGUCUCGAUUCAGCGCAACCGCCGCGACCGUAAUGAAGAGGACUCCACCGGCGAGGCGGAGGAUGACACAACCAUGGAUGUCGAUGAGAGACCGGGAAACCGGCUAGAGGAUCAGCUCGCGACAAAGCUCGUGCGCUAUCAGCAACAACAGCCAAGCCAAGGCUACGGAAACCUGGAUCCUCGUCUCGACGCUCCCCAAGAGGCUUCAGGCCCCCUAAUCAUCGUACCUUCCAAAGCUCCCACUGCCGAGCUAGAGGCGACCUACGCUGGGUUUUACACCAUGGUCAUCGCCCUCAUCGCUCUCAAUGGCGGGGAAAUUACCGAACAGAAGCUCAAGCGCUAUCUCAGCAGGGUGAAUGCUGAUAACAAGCUCGGGUCGGAGAAGACCGAAGAGGUGCUAGCCCGGAUGGAGAAGAUGGGAUAUGUCGCAAAGCGGGUCGAGAACAUCUCGGCCGAUCAGGACAAGAACGUCAGCUGGCUCGUGGGCCCGAGGGGAAAGAAGGAGGUGGGACCCGAAGGGGUUGCGGGCAUGAUAAGAGAAGUGUUUGGAGGUUCAACCCCGGCCCUCGAGAAGCAGCUUGCGGCAAGCCUAGGGGUACAGGUCUCGGAGGUGCAAUCGGAAGGGGACGAGGAAGAAAACAAUGAGAAUGGGGAGGCUGAUGGUGAAGGAGAUAUUCAUCCCGCGGAGGAGGAAUCUCGACGGUCAAGUCGACGGACGGCUCGCAACCGCCAUGCGGAUGACGGUUGA